CGGCCUCCGGCCGGGACGGACACCGCGCUUCCCUCCGCCGGUAGCCGCUCGCCUGGACGGCCCUUCUCCCUCCGAACCGGGUAUUUUCUUUUCAAGAUAUGCUGUAAAAUAGUAUUAAAGAACAUCAUUCAGAGAAGCUUUUGUUUUGUGAUAAACUUUUAGAACUAGAAUGGCUUUGAAAAUAAUGCCUAAAAUAUUCAAGAAAUUAUUUUUUCACUGGAAACUUUGGAAAUUUAGCAUUAUUGUGUUUGUCUUUAUAGUAUUUUUAUUUUUACUGCAACGAGAAGUUGGUGUCCAAGAUUUUAGAGAUGAAGGAGGGAUUGAGCCAGUUGUCAGAAAGAAGAGUCAUGUAUUAGGUCUUGUGCUAAAUGCUAUGAACAAUGUCAAUGGUGCAAAGCCAAAAAUGCAGAUAAAAGCACCUGUAAGGCAAACUAAGGUUCCUGGAGACAGACACUGUUUGCCAGGACACUACACUACGAUGGAACUGAAACCCUUUCUAGAUCGACCCCUUCAAGAUCCUAACGCUCCUGGAGCUUCUGGUAAAGCAUUUAAAACCAUCAACCUAAAUCCAGAAGAGCAGAAAGAAAAAGAGCGUGGAGAAGAAAAACACUGUUUCAAUGUAUUUGCAAGUGAUAGGAUUUCGUUACACCGGGAUCUUGGACCGGACACUCGACCUCCUGAAUGCAUUGAACAAAAGUUCAAGCGUUGCCCACCAUUGCCAACCACAAGUGUUAUAAUAGUUUUUCAUAAUGAAGCAUGGUCCACUCUGCUCAGAACUGUUCACAGCGUGAUGUACACUUCUCCUGCCAUACUGCUAAAGGAAAUUAUUUUGGUGGAUGAUGCCAGUGUUGAUGAAUACUUGCAUGAUAAACUUGAUGAGUACGUGAAGCAAUUUCAGAUUGUUAAAGUAGUCCGUCAAAAGGAAAGGAAAGGUCUAAUCAGUGCACGGUUGUUGGGAGCUUCAGUAGCAACAGGAGAGACCCUCACCUUUCUGGAUGCUCACUGUGAAUGCUUCUAUGGCUGGUUAGAACCAUUAUUGGCAAGAAUAGCUGAGAACUCUGUUGCUGUUGUAAGCCCUGAUAUUGCAUCUAUAGAUCUCAAUACUUUUGAAUUUAGUAAACCAUCUCCUUAUGGGCAUAACCACAAUAGAGGAAAUUUUGACUGGAGUUUGUCAUUUGGAUGGGAGUCUCUUCCUAAAUAUGAAAAUAAAAGAAGAAAAGAUGAAACCUAUCCAAUCAGAACACCUACUUUUGCUGGAGGUCUCUUUUCAAUAUCAAAGAAGUAUUUUGAACACAUUGGAAGUUAUGAUGAUGAAAUGGAAAUAUGGGGAGGUGAAAAUAUAGAAAUGUCUUUCAGAGUAUGGCAAUGUGGUGGACAGUUGGAGAUCAUGCCUUGCUCUGUUGUUGGCCAUGUCUUUCGCAGCAAGAGUCCCCAUACUUUCCCAAAAGGUACUCAAGUAAUCACACGUAAUCAAGUCCGCCUCGCAGAAGUCUGGAUGGAUGAAUAUAAAGAAAUUUUUUACCGAAGAAACACAGAGGCAGCAAAAAUUGUGAAACAAAAAACAUUUGGAGACAUCUCAAAACGACUCGACUUAAGGCAACGUUUGCAGUGUAAAAAUUUUACCUGGUAUCUGAAUAAUGUUUAUCCAGAAGUAUAUGUUCCAGACCUAAAUCCUUUGUUUUCUGGAUAUCUAAAAAAUGUAGGUAACCACAUGUGUCUGGAUGUUGGUGAAAACAACCAUGGUGGCAAACCAUUGAUUAUGUAUUCUUGUCAUGGACUUGGAGGAAAUCAGUACUUUGAGUAUUCUGCACACCAUGAAAUUCGUCAUAACAUUCAGAAGGAGCUUUGUCUGCAUGCUUCUAAAGGACCUGUGCAGCUUCGUGAAUGUAGCUACAAAGGCCAGAAAAUCUUUGCCUUUGGAGAAGAGCAAUGGCAGCAUCAAAAGGAUCAAACUCUGUACAGUGCAGCACUACAUAUGUGCCUUACAGGAAAUGGAGAGCAUCCCAGUUUGGUUUCCUGCAACCCAUCAGACCCCUUCCAGAAGUGGAUCUUUGGCCACAACAAUUAAGAUUUGCUAUCUAUAGACAGGAGCAUUUUAUUAAAAGAGCAGUUCCAUUUCUAAACAGAGACCAUAUAUGUAUACUGUGUUUUAAAGGAAUGUAUACUUCAAAUGCAAAAUUUUUCUUCCUUUUCUUUACUGUGUGAAUUGGAUAUAAAAUGUGUAGUCAGAGAUUCCCUAGGAGUCUGUUACACCAAAGAAUGUUUGAGGUCCCAAUUAAAGAUAAUGUUUACAAUAUUUGCAUGAUAAGACUGUGUGUUAACCAUUGAUUCAUAGAUCCUGUAGUCCCUUUUCACCUUGGGGACCAUGUGUAUAUUGCUUUACCGCAUAUUGUAAGUAUUUCUGAAGACAACUGGUUUACUUUGUAGAGUUACAAGGAAGUAUCGUAUGCCAUCUGAAAGCCAAAAGGCUGUGUGUGUGUGUGUGUGUUCUUGCUCAAUUGGUUGACUUUAUGUAAUUUUUUAAAAAGUUGUUUAUUUCACUAAGUGAAACUUUGCUCACUACUUUUUUUUUAAACUCCCUCAUUUGAAAAAGAACCAAAGAGGCUACCAUACUGUGCUGUUGUGCCUCUAGCAAAGCAACCCUUUUGUUG